AUGGCCCAGGAGUUGCAAGACGCUGCAGCUGUCACUCCUGCCCAAGGUUCCAACGGCGUGUGGAGGAGAUCCUUGAGGAAUACCUUUCGAGCACUCAGCGAUUGGGGCGAUGAAAUCGAGAAACGCCACUUCGAUGGAGAUUUCGGGGCGAGCGCUCGCCAUGCUGUGGAACAGCACCGGAAUCUCAUCUCUCAGGCCUCGCGCAUCGGUGGCGAGUUGAGUUCCGCGGCCUUCCAAUUGGUGGAGGAAGCCGCAGGGCGGAACCAGCCCUUGGAGCCUUUGGAGGAGAUCCCGGAGGCCUUCUUCUGUGCCGAGCCAAGACCUGUGGAGCAAAGACUCCCAGCGGAUUCCAGAGGUCGCAGUGACACGUCGGAUCUGUGGGAAGAGGUGAGUUCAGUGCAAGCGGAGCUCCAGCAGCACCACGAGAUGCGGCGAGGUCGAAGUGCUGCACUGAACAGUCAGGACGAAAAGCUUCGUUCUCUGAGAAACGAAUUGAUGACCAGCCGUUUACAGGUGCAGGAGGCGCUGGAGAAGCGACAUUCUGCAGCUGCCCGGCUGGAAACUGCCGAGCGAGGCCUCGAGUCUUUGCAAGACGCGCAUCGUGAAUUGAAACAGCCGCAUGACCUCCGAUGUGGCGUUCUGGGCAUGUUUCUCGUGAUCCGAACCACCGGAAACGACCGGAAAGGGGAGAUGGAGAUGGAGAUGGAGAUUCAGGACGCUGAGGACGCUGAGGCUGAUGACUUCGAUGCCUUGGAUGACGUUGAAACGCUUCCGUGCAAUCUGGCAUACGUCUUCGUGUGCAUCCUCAUGCCAACAUUGAAUGGUGGACUGAACGGCUUUCUUUGGCCAGGCUAUAGUCUACAUUUUGUAGAUAUGGAUUGGCCACUUGUCAUGGCAGGUACAGCGGUGACCAGUGGGUUUCUUCUGCGCGCUGCAACUCAGCAAAUGCAACUUCGGGCAGGCUACUGGUUGAUUGUCCCGCUGGCAGCAGUGCAUCUGAUUUUUGCCAUCUUGGGGUGGAUCUACACGACCAGCCUGUGGGCAGUUUUCGCUCAAAUUGUCGUGUUCCUGGGUAUUGAUCCCACCUGCGCCAUCGAGGGCAUUGCUUUUGAUACCUUUGGGGCCUCCGAAGUUCAGGCCAGACAGGCCUCGUCAACGAUCUUGUCCAUCUUCACCAUUGCGGUUGCAUCCUCCUGCACGCUCGGAGGUGUUGUCUAUGAUUUAUCUGGCUGGGCGGGGGUCUCUGCCUAUCACAGCAUUUGUCAAGGGCUUCAACUCCUCCUGAUUUGCACGCAGCCAGCAGUUCAUGAGUCGUUCAGGCAGGUUUUCUUCGCAUCUCCAGAUCCAAAGGCAGCAAUCCCAAAUCCGGAGGAAGCUUCAGGCAACACGGCAGAGAAGGCGUUCGACCAUGUUGUGCCACAAGUUGUGCCACAAGUUGCGCCAGUCGAGUUGAUUCAAGCCGCCAUGAACUUACCUGGUGCAGUGGAAUCUGCAGAGGAGCUUGAAGUUCAGGAAGUGACUGCCAGAUCUGGUCUGCAGUCACAAAGUGAAAGUGGAAGGUUGGAGAAGCAUCGCUCAACAAAUCGCUCCUCAAGUCACUCACACCGUUGGACAAGAGGUUCAGCCCACUCUCAUGGUUCGAGAAAAAGGUCUGCUCAUCGAGGUGGCGGCCGCACGACACGCACGAGCGGCAGCAGCGCGGUGACCGCGGCUACCCGGAAGUCCGUUCAAACCAAAGGCACCAAACAUUCCACGAAAACGGGGCGCACGGUUUUAACCGCCUUUUCGCGGGUGACCACUUUGUCUCAAGCGGGGGAAGACUUUAGCCACCACUUUUUGACUCGCUCCGUGUUGCUGCCAGAGAUCGUAGGAGCAACAGGACAGACAGCCAAAGCGCGAGUGGAAAUGAUUGAUGAGGAGGAUUCGGUGACGCCCGACCAGCCCCCCAGCAGUCGAGGUGGCAUUCCCAAGGAUGUGAGGUUUCCCUCAGCAUUGAUCGUGCUUUGCUGUUUGUGCAACACUUGUUCGUAUACCAUCGAAUUUGCGACGUUUGCCGUCUACUUCCGGCAGGUGCACAAGUGGAAUGAGGCAACUUUAGCAAGUGUUGCUCAGACAGCCGGAGAUGUCGUCGGAGCGAUUAUGAUGCAGGUGCUCCCUGUCUUCUUCUCUAGCGACUACGACCCGGAUGAGUUGGGUUGCUUCUGGCGAUGUGUACAUCAUCUAACAGCUCAGCCCUACAACCUCACUUUCAUUUUGGCCACCUGGAUCCUUUUCAACCUUGGGAUGAUGAGCCCCAGCUUGCCAGUGGCCAUUGCAGCGCAGAUCUUUAUGGGCACUACCUUUGUUUACAGCUCCAAAUGGUCGACGGACAUGAACCUGUUCUACUCCAUGGGUGACUCGAAGGUUUUCAUGGCCCUCCAAGUCUACUGCCGCAAUGGUGAAGCGCUGGGUGGGAGCAUGGCGGGUCUCCUGGGAACGGCGCUGUUCACCGUGGACCCGGUCGCGCCUUUUGCCUUCAGUACUGCGUUUGCCUGUGCAAUUUUUUUGGCCUACACCACUGGGUUCUGCGCGCGCCUGGGCUUCGGAGACGACAUCGACACGGCUGAGGAGAAGAGGAGCCGUCGCUUGGGAAAGAAGCGAGUCAGCAGCUGGGCAACCCGGACAACCCGCGUGUCUAUGGAAGUGGACAAGGUGGACAAGGUGGACGGCGAUGAAAACGAGGAAUGAGUGCCCUGACAAGGGCGGCUCCGAGAGCGGUUGCGUUUUUCGACAUCGGCAAAGGCCGUUUUUGUCCAUUUUUCGUUUUUGACUUCUUGGACACCCUUUGGGCUCCAGGGCGCGGUACCAUGUUGGACCUAUACCGAGGUCAUUUUCGUCCAUUCUUCAAAAGAAUGUGAGCGGUUUAAAACCGCGCCUCCAUUAGAAACCGUUUCCCGAAGCCAAGAAACUUCCCAGAGAAGAUCAGAGAGGCGUCGUUCAGUGGUGCAUUUUUCCAAUCAUGUUUAAUCACAGUGGCCGGGAAAAAACAUAUGGUGGUUGGCUGAUGUCGGCUCAAGAUCUUAUCGAC